CGCGGCGCGCGGGGCGGGCCGGAAGCAGGUGCGGAUUUGAAGGUAGCGGCGGGAGGAGCUGGCGUGUGCGCGGGCGCGACAGGAACCGUGACUUCUGUGACAACUCAAAAGGCAAAAGGAAUAAUUAGAUGAUUUUCAAACCUUUAUUUUGAAUUCGAUCUGACAAAAAGGUAAACUUUGGAAAAUGCCAGCUGGGAAAGUUCUGCAACCUGUACUGAAAAUGAAGGUGGAUGAACUCUUUUUGUGUUGGCUAAGUCAACCUGCAACUCAGCUGGCACUAAAGGACUGCUUGAGAAGUGUCAAGAAUGAGGAGAAAACUGAGAUUGCUAAUGGAGAGUCAGGAAACAGUAAAAAUGAGAGAUUCUCUACUAAAAAUUCCAACCCCAAGCAAAGCAUCUUAGGAGAUACCAGGUUACCUUUGAUGUCUUUCAAUCCUCCUCAUCUUUCUACAGCUCUUCCAUUGGCAACUUCAACCAGUCCAAGGAAUAUCUCUCACAUUAGAGGAAUACGUAGAUCUUCAGGGACUAGAGUUGUUCAGACAAAGAAGGAAGAACCUUUGCCACCAUCACUUAGUCAAACCAUUCCAGCUUUCUAUUUCCCUCGAGGUUGCCCUAAGGAAAAAGUGAAUAUAGAUGCUGUGAUCACCAAAAUUGAGAGAACUUUCUCUCAGUUUCCAAAUGAGAGGGCAACUUUAGAAGAUAUGGGGAAAGUUGCAAAGGCUUGUGAAUGCCCGCUUUACUGGAAAGGUCCAUUGUUUUAUUGUGCUGGAGGUGAACGAACAGGAUAUGUGUCAGUUCAUAAAUUCGUUGCAAUGUGGCGGAAAAUACUUCAGACCUGCUAUGAUGAUGCUGCAAAAUUUGUUCAUCUUUUAAUGAACCCUGGAUGUAACUACUUGGUGCAGGAAGACUUCAUUCCUUUUUUACAAGAUGUGGUGAAUAGUCAUCCUGGCUUAUCAUUUUUGAAAGAAGCAUCUGAAUUUCAUUCUCGGUACAUUACCACAGUUAUACAGAGAAUAUUUUAUACAGUAAAUAGGUCCUGGUCUGGGAAAAUAACAUGUAACGAGCUCAGGAAAAGCAACUUUUUGCAGAAUGUGGCAUUGUUAGAAGAGGAAGCUGAUAUUAACCAGCUGACAGACUACUUCUCAUAUGAACAUUUCUACGUAAUCUAUUGCAAAUUUUGGGAGCUGGAUACAGAUCAUGACCUCUUUAUUGAUCGUAAGGAUUUAGCUCGGCACAAUGAUCAUGCAAUAUCAAAUAGGAUGAUAGAGAGGAUCUUCUCAGGAGCAGUAACAAGAGGUAGAAAAGCACAAAAAGAUGGAAAAAUUAGCUACGCUGAUUUUGUCUGGUUUUUGAUAUCUGAAGAGGACAAAAAGACUCCGACGAGCAUUGAAUACUGGUUUCGCUGCAUGGAUCUUGAUGGGGAUGGUGCUUUGUCUAUGUAUGAACUGGAGUAUUUUUAUGAAGAACAAUGUCAAAAAUUAGAUAACAUGGCCAUAGAACCUUUGCCAUUUGAGGACUGUUUGUGCCAGAUGCUGGAUCUUGUGAAGCCACAAAAUGAAGGAAAAAUUACUCUGCAUGAUUUAAAGAAGUGUAAGUUGACAAAUGUGUUUUUUGAUACUUUUUUCAACAUUGAAAAAUAUCUCGACCAUGAACAGAAGGAUCAAUUUUCUGUGUUGCGGGAUGGUGAAGGUGAAAGCCAAGAGAUCUCUGACUGGGAGAAGUAUGCUGCUGAAGAGUACGAUAUCUUGGUAGCAGAAGAGGCAGCAAGUGACCAGUGGAAUGAUGGCUAUGAAGCAGACCUGAAUCCUGUAGACCAUCAGAAGGCCAAUGUUCUAAAGUGUCAAAUGGAAAAAAGACCAUUUUUUGAAAUGCCUUCCCAUCUGGCUGAUGUAGACUUGGAUGAAUAUGACUAUGAAGAGGACUUUGAGUAGUGAUUAUAGUCAACACUUGCAGAAGAAAAGGGAAAGUCUGCAGCAGGUCUGCUAAACACCUAUAUGUUUCAAUGGGUUGUUUCCAGGAAGUCAGCCAAGUUUUCUGCUGAAAAUAUUUAAUCACUAGACUACCUUUUAAAGAAAGUAAGUGCAUUUGUAUGGAAUGAUGAAACUUUUUGUAUUUAUUCAAUAGUCUAUAGUUUGUAAAAAAAAAAAAAUAAAAUAAAAAUAAAUAAAUAAAAAUAAGUAAAAUAAAUAAAUAAAAAUAAAUAAAUAAAGUAUUUAUUUAUAGAUGUUGCAUAAUUUCUUGGAAGAAUAACAAUAUUUGACUGUAGAGAAAUGUACUGUUUUUAAGAGAUGACUGCAUAACUCUAAGUUGAUGUGUGGUGCACUGACCAUCUUCAUCCCAAAUGUAAAUAGAUGUCCCUGCCCUGGUAUGGGAAACAAGGAGACGAUUUAUACAUGACCUGCAAUGCUUAUGCUUGUGACAGUUUCUAGGGGUGUGUUUUGCCUUGACAAGGAAGAGAGAUUACUGUGAGUGCAUGACUCGGCUCUUAUUUACGAACACCGUUUCAUUUGACAAGCUGAGUGUAUUAGUGCACAUGAAAAACUAAUGGCUGAAAAAAGUUGCUCCUCUUUUCUGUGUAGUCCUUGUUUGCCCUACUUUUAACUUUGCUUGCUCUUUUAAACUUAAGUCUUUUCAUUGAUGUUCAUUAUAAAAAGAUUAUUUAAUAAUGAAGUCUGUUUUAGUGUUCAUACUUGAUCCAAAAUGAGUGUUUUAAUUCAUGUAGAAGGAACCAAUUUUUUUUUAAGUAAGUCCUUUGUAUAAAUGUUACUUGAUCAGUGAUGUGCACUAACUUGUUGUGGGCAUUCAGCGCUUUUGUCUGUCCCCUGCCUUCAGUUGUUUGCUAUUGACACAUUCCAUGGAUAUUCAAACAGUGUCACAGCAGCUUGAAAUUGUUGCCUCACUUUACUGUUAAACAGAUUUUGUUGAAAAAUGUAUAAAAAGAUGUAAGUUAUUUUUGGUUGCAGUGUAGAUCUCAAAUGUUUAAAAAUCAUGUUUGUAUUUUCAAAUAAAGAUUUUCAUACAUGUA